AUGAGCCGCCGCGUGGUGCGGCAGAGCAAGUUCCGGCACGUGUUCGGCCAGCCGGUGAAGGCCGACCAGAUGUACGAGGACAUCCGCGUGUCCAAGGUGACGUGGGACAGCUCCUUCUGCGCCGUCAACCCCAAGUUCGUGGCCAUCAUCGUGGAGGCGGGCGGCGGGGGGGCCUUCAUCGUCCUGCCCCUGGCCAAGACAGGCCGUGUGGACAAGAACCACCCCUUGGUGACCGGGCACACGGCGCCGGUGCUGGACAUCGACUGGUGCCCCCACAACGACAACGUCAUCGCCAGCGCCUCCGAGGACACCACGGUGAUGGGCGACAGCAGCAUCCGCUACUUCGAGAUCACGGACGAGGCGCCCUACGUGCACUACCUGAGCACCUACAGCAGCAAGGAGCCGCAGCGCGGCAUGGGCUUCAUGCCCAAGCGGGGGCUGGACGUCAGCAAGUGCGAGAUCCCCGUCCUCAUCUCGCUGCGCGACGGCUACGUGCCCCUCAAGAACCGCGAGCUCAAGGUGGUCAAGAAGAACAUCCUGGACAACCGGCCGCCCCGGCACAGCCAGUCCGGCAGCGACUCCAACCUCUCCCGUCCCGCCCUGGAGGAGGUGCUGGAGGAGAUCCGUGCCCUCAAGGAGACCGUGCAGGCGCACGAGAAGCGCAUCUCCGACCUGGAGAACAAACUCUGCCAGUUCACCAACGGCACGGAGUAGCGCCGCGGCCCAGCCGGCCGGCACGAGGAGAACUGGACCAGC